AUGGCUCUGAUUUGGGGGCUCACCAUCCCACUGCCACCAUAUGUCAGCCUUCUACUAUUAUUUGGUUCCCUUGUCUGGGGGCUUUGGAUGCUGUUUUCUGGGAAACAGAAUAGGGAACAGGUGGCAGCCAAGACAUGCUCGGAGACUUCAAAGCAGCAUAUAUUGAAAAAGAUCCAGAAAUUCACAGAUCCACAGUUGGAAAAAAAUCUCAGGAUGAGUUGCAUUGAAGCUAACCUGAAACAUUUUUCAGAAUUCCCUGUGGGAUGGACCCAGGAAUAUGUACUCUGGUCAAUGGACAGGAGUCUUCAACAGAUCUUCCAAAACCUGGAAAGUACAAGAUCAAGUCUUAUGGAAUUGGGUUUGCCUGAACCACAGGAUAUGAUUUCUUCUUCCACCUCCUCUGUGGCUCAGGAGCCUGUUCUACCCUGUUGUGACUGUAAGAAUGCAGAACAUUCUACUGACAGUAGUAUCUCCUCUGGAUCAUCCUACAGCUCAAACCUGUCUCACCUUCCUGUCUUUUCUGAAGAAACAACUUGGCAAUUCCGGAGCCGCAGUUUACCUAUUUUACCCCAAAAUCAACCUCCUGUGUUCAGGAACCAAGGCAGAUCUCUGCCUUCUUUUAGGCUUUCAGAGCUUGGGAAAUCAGAAUUUUUUCAGAAUUUGGAAACUCUUUCAUCCUUAAGCCAUCAAAGCACUUUUAUCAACUCUCUUUUUGAAUCCCCAGAUCUCCACAGACAAGGAGAAAAAACAAAGGAUAAGAGAAGGAGCAAGAGUGAUUUGACAUCAGAUCAUAAGCCAAAUAUUAUCUUCAAAGAGAGACCACUAUUGUCAGGGUCAACUCCAAUCCAGCUCUCUCCUUUGGCUAGGUGGGAGUUAGAGGGACAUAUGGCUUGGAAGGUUUGUACUCUGCGGGAACAAACAGUGCCUCUGCCUGUGAGGGAAUCAUGGGCAAUGCUGAAUUAUUUAAUUGAGGUGCAAGGAGGAGUCCCUGAACCAGAGAAACCCCAAAUCCAGCUAUCUAUGCCCAUUCAUCAAAGCACUGAGCAAAAUAUCAACAAUGAAUCCCCAGACCUUCCAUCUCCUCAGUUCCAGGGGAACACUGAAGUGGAAUCUGGAUUAAAUAGAACAGAAACAAGAAUUUCUCAGACUCUUAUCCCAGGUAAGCAGUCACAACCUGGAUAUGGCCCGCAAAUCCUUGCAUCCAGGCCAUUAAUGACAUCAAUAGAUAUUCUACCUCCCAAAAGCUUAGGAGCUGACAUCACUCAAGAGGAAAUGACUUUACUGAAGAAGGACCCAAAACAUGUGCUAGAGCUUAAUAUAAAGCAGAGGGUCUUAGGUCUUCCAGAAAAAAGGAUACAGCAGCAACAGACCCAGGUGCCUAAUAUGGAGCUGACCCCACAGCUACCAUACCAAGUCACAGAUAGUGUAAAAGUUACUCCACUGGCAUUACUUCAAGUCAUGGAUUCAAUGGGGAUGAUUCCAGAUUCACAUUCAGAAGUGAUAGAAUCUGUGGGUUUGUUCCAAUGGCCAUCAAAUGAAGUUGUAAAACGAAUGGAAGCCAUGGAAACAGUGCAUGUAAGCCAAAAACCAUCAUAUCCAGUCAUUAAAUCAGUGGAGGUAACCCCAAGACCUCAGCAGCAGGUUAUGGAAUCAAGAAAGAUAACUUCAAGACCGCUGAAUCAAGUCAUAGAUAAUGUGAAGGUAACUCCGAUAGCAUUGCUUCAAGUCAUGGAUUCUAUGGGGAUGAUUAAAAAAUCACAUCCACCUAUCAUACAGUCAAUGGGAAUGACCCCAACAAUGCGAUAUCAAGUUGUGGGGUCAGUAAAAAGGAGUACAUUGUUGGACCAUCAAGUCAUACAACCAGGAAAGAUGAGUCCAGGACUACGACAUGCAGUCAUAGAAACUGUGGAAAUAACCCCAGGGCCACAUAAAGUUAUGCAAUCAGUUGAUGUAACAUCAAGGCCACAAAGUCAAGUCACAGAAUCACUGACGAUUACUCCAGGGCCAGUAUGUCAAAAUAUGAAAUCACUUGAAAUGAUCCCCAGGCCACUGCAUCAAGUGAUGGAUUACAUGAAAGUGACUCCAGUAGCACUAUUACAAGCUAUGGACUUUAUGGGGAUAAUUCCACCAACAAAGUCACAUGUUAUAGAAUCUAGGGUUUUGAUCCCAGAUACACAUUCACAGUUGCGAUGUAUAGAAUAUGGUCAUUUGGCUCUACCAUCAGAGUUUCCAGGUAUAAAAACUGUGGAAUUGUCUCCAAGAAUAGUACAAAAAGAUAUGAAACCUAUGGAGUUGGCCCCAAAGUCAUGGUCACAAGAUAUAAGAUCUGAGGAGACAGCCCCAAUACCAUUGCUUGAAGAUGUAAAAACUCCUCAAAUGGUAGAAAGUACAAGACUGACUCCUAAGACACAGGUAGAAAGUAUGAAAUAUGAGGAACUGAUCCCAAGAGCACACAUUCAAGCAGUAAACUCUGUAGAGGUAGACUCCAGACCAAAUCAUCAAGUCACAGAACCUGAAGGACUGAUCUCAUGGUAUCAAGCUUCAGAAUCUUUAGGGAUGAUCUCAGAACCAGGAUAUUCAGAAACAGAAGCAAAGCUAACCUCUGACACUGGUCACCAUGCGAAAGAGUCUAUGGGGUUGAUACAAUCAUCUUUAGGAAGUACCCCCAGGUCAUUGGGCCAAGCAUCUAUGCAGAUGAACUCCAUGUCAUUCAGGGGCACUCUUGAGCCAGUGUUCCAAAGUGUGAGAGCCAUGGAUGAAACUCCAGUGUUAGAGCACACUACACAAGAAUAUCUGGAGUUGGUACCAGGAUCAGAGAUGCAAGGUAUGAAAUCAAAGAUGUUGACCCCAGAGCCUCAAGAUACGAAGUUUGUUCAUCUGAAUCUAGGACCAUAUUCAGAGGUUAUGAACUAUGAGGAGCUGAUCUCAGAACCACAAUUUCAAAAUAUAUCCCUAAGGUCAGAAUAUGCAAACACAGAAAAUGUGGGGUUAGCAACAUUUCCAGUUGAAAACAUCCAGGAGGUAAUACCAGUACAACCACAUUCAGAAAAAGAAUCUCUGGAGUUGAUUUUAGAACCAAGGAUGCAAUAUGAGAUAUCAGAGCCACUACUGCAAAAUUUGAAAUAUGUGAAGUUAACCUCUGAGUCAUCCCCAUUAGUGGUGGAAUCUAAACAGUUUGUUACAGGACCAAAACCACAAGUUACCGAGUUGACUCCAGAGCCACAGUUCCAGGAAGUAACGUUCAGGCAGUUGGAGUCAGAGCCAAAACUACAAGACAUGAAAUAUGUUAAUUUAAUUCAACAGUCAACUACUACCAAAAUGGUAGAAUCAGAGAAGCCAAUACAAGAGCCAGUGCUACAAAGUAUGAUACCAGAGGAACUGACUCAGGAGGUACAGCUCCAAGGUGUGUCCCUGGGACCAGAGUUGCAUAGUGUAAGAUUUUCAGAGUUAUCUCCCGAGCCACCACUUCAAGGAGAAAGACUUUUAGAUUUAAUCUCAGGGUCUCCACAUCACAGUGUGACAUCUGAUGAAUUGACCCCAGGUUCCCCAAUGCAAGAAAUAAAAUUGUCAGAUUGUAUCCCAGGACCAAAGCAUCAAAGUGUUGUAUCUAUACAGUUGAUGGCAAAACCACAAACUCAAAGUACAAAAUUCAUGGAACUAAGCUCAGGACCAUGCUUACAAGGUGUCAGAUUUUCUGAUUUGACUCCAGACCCACAGCAUCAAGGUUUUGAACACGUGCAGUUAAUGCCAGGAACACAGCUUCAAGAGACAAAGCCUGUAGGAUUUGUAACAGAGUCAUCUUUGCAGUUAAGUCAAGGGCUCCCGGUUGAAAAUAUGAAAUCUAUUCUGUCUAUUGAUGGGUCACAGUUUCACAGCAUGAAAUCAGUGAAACUGACCUCAGAACUACAAUUUCAAGAUAUGAAAUCUGAGGAACUGAACCUAGGGUCAAGGCAGCAAGAUGUCAAAUUUUCUGAAUUGACCUCAGGACCAAAGCUUCAAGGUGUCAAAUUUGGGAAGCAAAUCCCAGAAUCACCGUUUCAUAGUGUGACUUCCAUGGAGACAACUCUAGAGUUAGGGCUUCAAGAUUCUAAAUCAGCAAAGAUGUCUCCAGGGCUUCAAGGUGUGAAACAGGUGGGGCCAUGGCUACAAGAUGUCAAAUUUUGUGAUCUAAAAUCAGGAGUUCAGUCUCAAGGUGUGAAAUCCUCUGAGUUAAACUCAGGGCCACAACUACAAUAUGUGAAGAUUUUUGAGUUAACUCCAGAACCAAAGGUGCAAGGAGAAAGAUCUAUGAAGUUGGCCUCAGGACCUGAACAGCAAGGGGUUAAGCCUGAGAUGUUAGGACCAAAGCCACUGUUUCAAGGCAUAAAAUGUGAAGCAGCAGACCAAAUGUCAAGCUUUGAAGGUGACAUUUCUUAUAAAUUAGUUUCAGAGCCACAGAGACCAGAUGUAAAAUCUAUGGAGGUGUCUCCUAGACUCCAGUUGCCAAGUGUAAACUAUUCUGAGUUGACCAGAAGACCACCGUUACAAGUUAUGAAAUCUUCUGGAUUAACCCAAAGACCACAGAUGCAAGAUGUAAAACCUACAGUGAGGACCCCAAUCUCAAAGGUUGAAGGUUUACAAUCUGAGGCACUAAUGCCAGAGCCACAGCUGGAAGAUACAAAAUCUGUGAAGUUAACCCCAGGACCACAUUUAGGAAGUAUGAAAUCUAUUCAGUUAACAUCAAAGCCACAACUGGGAAAUGUUAAAUCUAUGGUGUUAACCCCUGGGUCAGAGGGGGAAGAUGUGAAACCGGUAGGGGUGACCGCAGGCUCAAAACUUCACGGUUUAAUAUCUGAGUUACUGUCCUCAGAGUUGGAGUUGAAAGAUGUGAACUCUGCAGUCUUAACUCCAGGACAACAUCCAAGAGGUAUGAAAUCUACAUUGCUAACCCCAAGUCCACAGCUGGAAGGUAAAAAAUCUGUGGAGAUAACCUCAGGACCACUGAGAGAAGAUGUCAAAUCUGUGAAACUCACCUCAGAUUCCAAGCUUCAAGGUGUGAAAUCUGAUGUGUUGGCACUGUCCUUAAGAAAUCAAGGAUUAAAAACUGUGACAUUCAUCCCAAGAACGCAACUGCAAGAUGUGAAAGCUGUGGAAUUGAAACUUGGGCCAAGGAUGCAAGAUGAGAAUUCUGUGUUUUUGGCACCAUGGUCAUUGCUCCAAGGGCCUCAACUGCAAGGUAUGAAACCUCGGGAAUUGACUGCAAAGCCCCAAAUGCAAGAUGUGAAAAUUUUGCAGCUAACCCCAUGUCCCAAGCUUCAAAGUUUAAAACCUGUAGAGGAGACUCCAGAUCAAGAGCUGCAAUUUGCAAAACCUAUGAAGUUGACUCCAAGGCUAAAGAAGCAGGUAGUAAAAUCUGUGAAUGCGAGCAGAAGACAAAAGUUUCAAGGAGUAAAAUCUGUGGAUUUAGCCCCAAAGCAACAGUUUCAAGAGACGACACUUGUGAACUUAACUCCUGGGCCAAAACAGGUUAGUGAGAUAUCUGUAAUCUCACCAGAGCAGCAAUGUGUGAAUUCAGAGUCACUGAAGCGAGGUUCUAAGCCAGAAGAUGGGAUGUCUUGGGAGUUAAUUCCAGAGCUAAAAUUUAAAGAUGGAAAAUUAGUAGAUCUCAACUUUGAAUUACAGUUGAAAGGUAGGGAAUCAUCCGAAUUGACUCCAGAAUCAAAUAUUCAAGGUGUAAAAUCUAAAAAGUUAAAACUUGAACCACAGUUGCAAAGUAUGAAGUCUUCCAAGCUGACCCCAGGACCACAGUUACACCAAGUAAAAUCCUCAAAGUCAACUUCAGAGCCACAGCUUCAAGAUGUGAAAACUGCUAAGUUUAAACAAGAGCCACAACCUGAGAGUAUGAAACAUAUUCAGUGGAUACCAGGAUGUGAGUUCCAAGAUGUGAAAUCUGCAGGGUUAAGUCUUAAGUCACAACCUCAAGGAGGCAAAUUUGUAGAGUUGAAAUCUUCAACACAGUUAAGAGAUGCAAAGUCAUCUGAAUUGCAUCUGGGGCCAAAAAUUCAAGGUACAGCAUAUAUGAAGUUCGACCUUGGGCCACAGUUGAGGAGGGUGAAAACUUCUGAGUUGUGCCCAGGACCACAAUUGCAAGAAGGAAAAGUUUUGGCAUCAACCUCAGAGCCACAGUUUCAAGGUAUGAAAAUUGUGGAGUUAAACCAAAAGCCACAGUUUGGAAGUACGAAAACUGUUCAAUGGAUGCCUGCACCAGUGUUUCAAGGUGUGAAAUCUCUGCUAAAUCUUGAGUUGCAACCUCAGUGUGUCAAACCAACAGAAUUGAUGCAGUUGAGAGAUAUGAAGUCAUCUGUAUUGACCCCAACGCCAAAGCUUCAAGAUGUACAAUCUUUGACAUCACUCCAAGAGUCUCAGGCUCAAGGUCUCAAUGUGAAACCCUGUCUACAGUUUAGCAGUAUGAAAUCAUGUGACCUGACUCCCAAGUCAAAGCUCUGUGAUAUAAAAUCUAUGAUGUUCAAAUCUAGGCUUAACUUGCAAGAUGGCAAAUCUCUUUUGUUGACCCCAGGACCAUGCCUUCAAGAAGUGAAACCAUUACAGUCAGCCCCAGGAACACAGCUUCAAGGUGUGAAGUCUCCACUGCUUACACAAGAGCCACAGUUUCCUGAGGUGAAAUCUGAGGUAUUAAGCCAAGGGUCACAAUUACAAAGUGAUAAAACUAUAGAGUUGAACUCCCCACUACACUUGAAAAGUAUGAAGUCAUCUGAGUUGACUCUUCAGCCAAAGCUUCAGGGUGUGAAAUCUGAGGAUUUCAACACUGUGCCGCAAUGGCAAGGUCUACAAUCUUCUAAGCCACCGUUUGAGACAAAGUCCCAAGAUACGAAAGUUACUGAACUAAUCCCUGGCUUACAGUUGCAAGAUACAAUGUUUUCUAAAUUGACCGUGGGGACAAAGACUCAAGGUGUCAAAUAUACAGAUUUUGACCCUGGGUCACUGUUAAAAGGAGAGAAAUCUUCUCAAUUAAUCUCAGACUCAAAGUUACAAGAUGUGGAAUUUGCAAAGUCCAAAUCUGGGCCACCAUUGCAAGGUGUGAAAUCUGAGUUGACACUGGGGUCAAAGCUUCAAAAAGUGAAAUCAGUGGAAUUCAAGUCAGGUCCACAGUUGCAAGAUAUACAAUCUUCCAAGUUGAUCACGGGCGUAAAGCUUCAAGGUGUAAAAUCUAUGAAUUUCAGGUCUGGAUCAAACUUGCAAGGUGUGAAAUUGUCUGAAGAUAUCCCAAGGGAGAAGCUUCAAGGUGUGAAGUCUGUAGACCUGAAACCUAGUCCAAAGUUACAAGGUGCAAAAUCUGAUUUGACAAGGAAGAUUCCAGAUGUGAGAUCAGUAGAGUCAGACUCAGGCCAACACUUACAAGAUAUGAAAUGUUCCGAACUGAUCAUGGGUAUAAAGCUUCAACAUGUAAAAUCUAAACGGUUAAGUUCUAGACCACACUUUCAAGGUAUGAAAUCUUCUGAAGCAGUCUUAGGGACAACACUUCAGGAAGCGAAAUCGAUGUUCAACUCUGAACCACAGAUACAAAGUAAAAAAUGUUCUGAACUGACUCAAGGGACAAAGCUUCAAGAUGAAAAAUCCUUAGAGUUCAAUCAUGGACUGGAGUUACAAUGUGGGAAAUCUGAUUUAACCCAGAGGAGGGAACUUCAAGGUGUGAAAUCAGUGGAGUUCAACCCUCAACCACAGAGACAGGGUGAGAAAUCUGAUUUGAGGCUAGGGUGGAGGCUUCAAGAUUUGAAAUCUGUUGUUCCACCUCUGCAAGGUGUGACAUCCUCAGAGUUAACAUCAAAGACAAAGCCUCAAAGUGGAGAAUCUAUGGAAUUCAUCACCAGGCCAAUGAGGCAAGAUAUGAAACCUUUUGAAUUGACUCUUGGUACAAAGGUACAAGAUGUGAAAUCUUUGGGGUUCAACUCAGCUCCACAGUUACAAGAUAGAAAAUUAUCUAUGCUGACAUCAAAGGCAUACCUUCAAGGUGUGAAAUCUAUGGAAUUCAACCCUGUGGCAGAGUUGCAAGGUGCAAAAUCUUCUGGGCCUAUAAAGCUUCAAUUGAUGAACUCUACAGAAGUCAAUCCUGGCCUAGAAUUUCAGGUUGCAAAAUCUUGUAAGUUGGUCUUGGAAUCAAAGAUUCACAGUGGGAUAUCGUCUAAGAGCAAUGCUAGAAAGCAAAAGCAAGAUGAGAAAUCGUGUAAGUUGAAUCCAUGGCAAGAGCUUCAAAGUGUAAAAGUCAUGCCUGGGUCACACUUGCAAGGUACAAGCUCUUCUGAAUUAACUUCAGUUUCAAAAUUUCAAGGUAUGGAGUCUUCUAAGUUAAAUUCAGGGACAGAGCUUCAAAGGAAUCAAUGUGAGACAUCUAUGGUGUUCAAUCCUGGACCACACUGCCAAGGUUUGAAAUCUAAAUUGAGUCCAGAGUCAAAGUUUCUAAGUGUAACACCCACAGAAUGCAACCCUGAGCCACAGAUGCAGUGUUGUGAAAAUUCUUCUGAGCUGAAUCCAGAGCCAAAAUUACAAUGUGUAGAUUCUAUGAAGUGCAAAUGUGGGCCACACUUGCAAGGUAUAAAAUCUCUUGAGUUAACUUCAGGGACAAAAUGGACAAAGUCUCAAGGUAGAACCUCAACAAAGUUCAACUCUGACCCACAGCAGCAAGGUGUGCAUUCUCCUGGGUUGAAUUCAGGGUUAGAACUUCAAUACUUAAGUUCUGUAAAGUCUAAUCCAGGGCCACAGAUGCAUGGUAUGAAACCCUCUGAAAUGAUCCCUGGGCCAGAAUCUCAUGGUACAAAAUCUAUGUUGUUCAACCUGGAAUCACACUUGCAAGAAGCAAAAUCUCCUGAGUUAACUUCAGGGACAAAGUUUCCAGAAGUCCAAUUUUUGGUUAACCAUGCUGGGUCAGAGCAACAAGUUGUGCAGUCUGUGUUCACUUUGGGCCCUCAGUUAAAUGUUAUGAAACCUAUGUUAUUUUUACCAGAGCAACUGUUUGAAGACAUAAAAUCUAUGAAGAUGAACAAAGAGCCACUGCUUUGUGGUACCAAUUCUACAAAACUGAUUUCAGACUCUGGGCUGCAGAAUUUGAAAUGGAACGUGUUUGCUCUAGAGCCAUGCUUUCAAAAAGUGAAAUCUAUGGAUUUAAACUCAGGGCCACAUCCUCAAGAUGUGAAUUCUAAUAAAUUGAUUUCUUGCUUCAGGCAGAAGUCUGUAGUAUCUGUAUCAGUGCCAUGUUCUCAAGAUGUGAAAUCUAUGAAGUCAAACCUACUGCCCCAAUCUCAAAGUAUGAACUUUUUAGGAUCAUCAUCAUGUCUCAGGUCACAAUGUGUUAAAUCUGAGAUCUCUGCACCAGAACCAUGUCUUCAAAAUAUGAAAUCUGUAGAGUUGACACCAGGGUCUCAAGAGCAAGGCAUGAAUUGCCAGGAGCUGACUUCAGGAUUACAAGGUGUCAAAUCAGGAAUCUCGGCACCAGAGUCAACUAAGAACUUCAUACCAGGACCAAUGUUGACUAGUGUCAAAUUUUCAAAUUUGUCUCCAGAAUCACAGCAACAAGGUGUGAAACAUUUGGAGUUUACUCCAGAACCAAAGUUGCAAAGCACGAGGAAUGCAAAAUCAUCUUCAAUGUCUCUGCAACAAGCUAUACAAUCUGUGGAGUUAGCAUCAGAGUCACUGUUUCAAAGACCAAAAUCUGAGGAUCUAACUCCAAAAACAAGCUCUCAAAUGACAGGCUCCUCUGAAAUCAUCCCUAGGCCAGGGCAUCAGUUUGUAGAACAUGCAGAGAUGAUUCCAAAGCCAAUGCAUCGAGUCCCUAAAUCUGUUAGUUUGACUUCAAUACCAAUUUAUCAAUUUACAGAUUCUUCAAAAAUGGCACAAAGUUUGGCACAUCAAGACACAGAAACUGUAGAGAAAUCUGUGAAGUUGACCCAAAAGCCAAAAGGAAAAGCCAUGAAAUCUUCAGGAAUGCCUCUGAAACGAAAUCUUCAAGUACCAGAAUUUGCUGAUCUGACUCCAGUGCUAAGGAAUCAAGGUUUAAAAUCCUUAGAAUUAACACCAAAGAAAAGCCACCAAAUCCUGGAAACUCUGGAGUUGCUCUCUCAGUCAGGGUCCCAAGUUAAGGAGUUACAUACAGGGCAGCUGCAGCAAGUUGUGGAAUCUGAAGGGAUGACUUCAGGACCCAAGAAUCACAUUACAGAAACUAUGGGGUUGACCUUCAAGACAAAGCUGCAAGGGGAGGAAUUUCUUGGAAGGAGUCCAAAACCAAUAAGUAAAACCACUGAUGCAGAGAGAUAUUCAAGGCCCUACCCUCAAGCCCAGGAAUCUGUGGAGGUGAUCUCCAAGCAAAAACUGCCAAGGGGAGAGUCUAUAGCAUUGAUUACAAAGGCAUUUCAAGAUGUCCCAGAAUCUUCAGAGAUGACAGAAGGGAUACGAUAUCAAGUUCCUGGGUCUAUGGGUUUGACCUGUAAGCGAUUCCUAAAGGCAAAGCAAAUAGGUCAAGUUGCAGGACACACAGAAUCUGCAGAGGUCACCACUGAGACAUGGCAACAAGGGGAGGGAAAAAUGAAGCUUACCCAGUCACAGAAUCAAAGUAUGAAAUACUCAGAAACAGCCCCAGGACUACUGGGUCAAAUUACAGAAUUCAUGAGGAUUAGUCCAAAGCCAUUAGAACAAGUCACAAACUCUACAAAGACACAGCUUCAAGUUGCUCAAGCAAUAGGGGUAAAGCCAGUAGCUCCCAUCAGAGUUGCUACACCUGUGAAAGUGACUCCUGGGCUACCACAUCAAGUUGUGAAGUCUGUAACGUUAACAUCAUGGCCAAACUCUCAAAUGGUAGACUGUGUUGAGUUGACUUCAAAACCACAAGAUGUGAGACCUUCAACCUCAAGCCUAAGGUUGCAAAAUGCAAAAUUUAAGAAAUUAAGCACAGAACCAAAGUACCAAACUUUGAAAAGAAUGGAUUCGACAGGGUUUCAAAUUGUAAAGACUGUGGGACCACCACUUCAAAUUGUAAAAUCUGAGGAAUUAGCACCAGGGCCAAUUCCCCAGAUUGCAGAACCAAUAGGAGUGGGGCUUAAGGCAACAAAUUACUUGGAUUUAUUCCCAAGGCUACAUCUUCAAGAACCAGUAGAAUCUGUAGAAUUAACUCCAAGGCCAAAUACUGAAGUGAAAUCUGCAGAAUUAACCACACAGCCAACAUAUACACUUGAGGCACCUACAGUGUUAAAUCAUAAACAAGGGCUUCAGGCUGUGAAAUCUACAGGGGUAAAAACAGGACCGCCUCAAGUCAUGGAAUCUGAGGAUUUGAAUCUAAAUGAGGUGUGUCAGAAUAAGGACUUUGAGGAGGGAUUAUCAGAAGAAGAGUUACAAAUAGGGAAUUAUUUCUCUAGGUUUCUACACAAUUCUUCAGACUCACUCAUCUCAAGUUCUGUCAGAACAUCUGAAUUAGAUCUUUGGGAUUCUAAGAUGCUGCAAGUAUCAAGUGUAUUGGAUAUAAAAAACCUUGUGACAGAUAUUUUGCAACCUGAGGAGUCUUUUAUAGACCUUGAUAUGAUACAAUCUUCAACUUUUUCCUUAUCCCUUCAUAACCAAUCCCCUGAUGAGACAGUUAUUACUGUAAAAAACUCAAAUUCUGAGAUGCCAGGAGUGGAUGUCAUACCUAAUGAAAGGACUAAGAGGAAACAUGUGGAGGAGUCAGAGAGCUCACUCCAGAGACCCUCACAACAUUCACCACAAGACUGGAUGUCACCACCUAGGUUUUCCCAGGCAGAGUCAAGGGCUCAAAGAGCCCUUUCCUGGCCUGUCCUGGGCAGGCAACGGAAUGUCUGGGAGAGUCGCUCCUCGAGGCCACGACUACCUAGAAAAUAUCUCUCCAAUAUGCUAAUGCUGGGGAAUGUCUUGGGGACCACUAUGGAAAGGAAGCUUUCUUCUCCAACAUCUUUAACAGAAAGAGCCACUGAAGAUACCUGUCAAUCUAUUCAGAAUUUAUUUGGGGUUCCAGCUGAAUUGAUGACAUCUUCUGAGAGAUUAUUUGAAAAGGGUCAAGGUACUAUUUCUCAGCCUUCAGUGGUCAAAAACUACAUUCAGAGACACACUUCAUGCCAUGGUCAUGAAAGAAAAACACACUUAAGGAUGUGGACACGUACUUCCAUGCCCUCCAUAAUACAGCACUACUCUGGGAGUAGAACGAGAAUAAAGAAAACAAACUCAAAACCCUGCAAUAUAUCCCGGGAAGUCAUUCAGUACAUGCCUGUUUCAUGCACAGGGAGUCAGCCUCCUGCCCCAGCAAAGUCAGAGUCUUCCCUCAACAUAUUUUUUGCCAGGAGAGAUUCUGUUCCAAUGGAAGAGACUGAGAACUCACAGAGUGAUUCACAGACAAGGAUUUUUGAGUCCCAACACUCCCUCAAGCCAAGUUAUCUUUCCCAGGCCAAGACUGACUUCUCAGAACAGUUCCAGCUGUUACAAGAUUUACAGCUAAAAAUAGCAGCAAAACUGUUGAAUAGUCAAAUACCCCCCAAUGUACCUCCACCUUUAGCUUCAGGUCUGGUCCUAAAAUAUCCUAUCUGCCUACAGUGUGGCCGAUGUUCAGGAUUUAAUUGCUGUCAUAAAUUACAGGCUGCUUUUGGGCCUCACCUUCUUAUCUAUCCACAGCUUCACCUUGUAAGCACUCCUGAAGGCCAUGGAGAGAUUAGGUUACAUCUUGGCUUUAGGUUGCGAACUGGUAAAAGACCCCAGCUCCCAAAGUAUCACAGAAGAGACAGACCAGUCACGCCAAGGAGCCUCAGAUCAACAUCAUUAAGGAAAGCAAAAGGUUACACACGUGCUUCCAAGAGUCCUACUUCUACAACAGAUUUCCGGUCUGGGUCUUCCCAGUCUCCUUCUCCUAUAGAAGUCCACAUCAGGCGAAGGCAAUAUGACAGCUCUAGCCUAAUAGAAAAGACAGAAAUUAGAGAGCCUGGACACUAUGAGUUCACUCAAGUUCACUCUCUAUCAGAGAAUGACUCUGAAAGCAAUCAGGAUGAAAAAUGGGCUAAAGUGAGAACCAAAAAGACCCAUGAUUCAAAAUAUCCAAUGAAAAGAAUCCCCAAAGGAGUUAGAUCACAAAAUACAAAGUUCUACACAAAUGGUAGAGCUAUAAUACAGAGUCCCUCGAGGGAAUUACCAAACCAGUUAAGAAGGAAGAGGAGUGGAGCAUCUCAGACAACGACCACCUCUUUUAAAAGACAACCUAAGAAAUCCUCCCAACCAAAAUUUAUUCAACUGCUUUUUCAGGGCCUAAAGCAGGCAAUUCAAACAGCACACAGAAUUAUGGCUUUGGCUGGGCAGAAGCCUGAGGACACAGCAAGGUCAGACUAUUUCUGGUCAAGCAAAACCUACCUUCCAAAACAAAAAGCCAGAGACUAUUGCUUGACAAGAGACAGCAAAAGACACAGGAUGCCAACUCUCAAGCGAAGGCAAUCAGAGUCAGUCACCAAGCAGGAGAGCACACGGUGGGAAGAAACAGACCAAUUCAGACCAGCUCAACAACCAAAAAGGGAUAGCUCUUUCCAUCUCAGACCUAAGCAAUUACCCAAGCCCACAGUUUCCCAAAGAAGUACCACUCUCAAAAACACCUCAACUAGCCAGUGUUUGGGUCCUGUUCAAAACGACAGUAGUAGCAGAGCUAAGAAAAACUUUAACAGAAAUGAAAUCUCUAACCAAGAGUCCAAGAACUUCAAACCAGGAAUCAGAGUUCAUGCUGGAGGGAGACUCUUAAAACCUGGUUCUCUUAUGAAGAGGACCUCACACAGUCACCUUAAAGGGAAACCCACACACAAGGAACAAAACCACCAGAGCUUCGGCUUCAGUAGGGAAAGAACCCCAUGUUAUUCUUCUGGAAGGAGCCAAUACAGUUCCUCUGAGAGGGGCCAGCACAGUACCUCUGAGAGGAGCCAUCGAAGUGCCUCUGAGAGAAGCCACCGCAGUCCCUCUGAGAGGAGAUGUCGCAGUCCCUCUGAGAGGAGAUGUCGCAGUCCCUCUGAGAGACGCCACAACAAUCCCCUCAAGGAGAGACUCAAACACAGCUCCCCUAGGGAGAGGCCCAGACAUGGUUUGACCCCCUCGGAAGCUGCUAGGCGGAAGUAG